AUGCCAACAAGUUUCGUCGUGUACGUACGAGUCACAGAACGAGACGUUCUCAUGCCAUUUACGGUCCUCAUUGUCUCCAAUACCAUUCUGCUGUUGAUCUGGACGUUUGUGGACCCGCUCGAGUGGAAGCGCAUCUCGACUGGAGAGCUCAGUUCCUAUGGCACUUGUGCCUCCAGUUCCGACGAUGGAGUUGCAUCGGAGGUAUUGGGAGGUCUCGUGGGCGGCUUGAAUGGCAUUGCCCUCAUUUUGGCCAAUGUCGAAGCAUUCAAGAGCCGGCACGUCGAUACAGAGUACAAUGAGAGGUCGUCCAUUGCCGUUGCCAUGGGAUUCAUACUGCAGAUUGUCUUGGUCGGAGUACCGACACUCUUCUUGGUGGAUGAAAACCCCGCGGCAUCGUACUUUGUCCGGUGUUCGAUUGUCUUUGUCAUUGCCAUGUCAUUGCUACUACUUGUCUUUGUCCCAAAAAUCAUUGCAUGGCGCAAACAAGCCACGGGAGGACCAACGGCAAGGCCAUCUGCAGGUCGCUCCACUCAAAUGGAAAGCAACAACCACCGGAGAUCAUCUCAGUUUGGGCUGAAAAUGAAAAUCUAUGAGCCACAGUCGAUGCUCGUGGGUUCCUCCUCCGCGUCUUCUACUCAGGUGGCAGCUAUCAUGGACAAAGUCGACAAGCUUGAGGCGUUGCUUCGGGAGGAAGGCGUAGACGUGGACACGCUAUUCCAGAGAUCCGGACUGAACGUGAUCCAACAGAGCAGCGGUCACAAUGGUAGUAGUGAUGCUUUUGGCCUGUGCAAGGAUGCGAAUGGGUUGCAAUGCGGGGUAGCCGAUGACGACGGCGGUUCAGACAUGAACGCAUAG